UUGUUUGUAUGUAUAAUAUAUUUACUUAUACGACAUAUAUAUUGUUAAUAUGGGAAGAAGAAAGUCUAAACGUAAGCCGCCUCCAAAACGAAAAAACAUUGAACCUCUUGAUCAACAAUUUAACUGUCCAUUUUGUAACCAUGAGAAGUCGUGUGAAGUUAAAAUGGAUAAGGGGAGGAAUACUGCAAAAAUAACCUGCCGUGUUUGCUUGGAAGAUUUCCAGACUGGAAUCAACUUUCUAUCAGAACCUAUUGAUGUUUACAAUGAUUGGGUGGAUGCCUGUGAAACUGCCAAUUAAACACAUAUGUACAUUUAUUUUAAAAAAGAUCGAUAUUUAAUUAAGUAUUAAGUAAAAUUAUACAGUUUCAUAAAAAGCGA